UGAGUUGUGAAUUCCUCCUUCCCUCAGUGCUGAAGAUUAAAUGGAAAUAAGGGGUGGGAGAGGCUGAAAACAAACACAAAAGGGUGUUCUUGAUUGGGAGUUUGUAAGUGACUUAGCCUAGUGCUUCACGAAGUAGAAAGGGUUCAUGGGAGAGAGGAAGUACCUGGGAAACACAGAAAUAGGUAUUUGGGUGGUGGAUCUUCCCCAGUCAAGUUUGCUCCUGUGAGCUGAAUUCCUGGCUACGUCUGUCUGAGGAUGUUCUUAAAUGAAAUUGGACGAGGAGGAGGAGGAGAAGGAGAAGAAGAAGAAGGAGGAGGAGGAGGAGGAGAAGAAGAAGGAGAAGAAGAAGGAGAAGAAAGUCUUUGUGUUAGCUGUUGGAGGGAGCACAAAAAAGUAGUCACCAUUGACUGUGGACAUCCUGCCUGUUUGCCUUGUCUCAGGGCAAAUCACUAUCGAGCUUUUGGCUGCUCACAAUGCCUGAAAUUCUCCCAGCUGAAAACUCUUCAGGCAGACAUUGUCAUGUACCCUGAAGGAGAAGACCAGUGUGUGAUACACCUGGAAGACCAGAAGUUUUUCUGUGACUUUAGCUUGACUCUACUCUGUGUGACCUGCUCGAAAUCAGAGGAGCACGUGCACCACAUGCACUGGCCCAUUGCAAUGGUUGCUCUUCGCAGUAGGAAGGAAAUUCAGGAAAAGAUAAACCUCAUUAGGCUUCAUGUAAAGGUCUUUGAGGAAUUUCAACUUAAAGAGGAGAAACCCUUGGCCUGGGCUGUGGUGUGGACUAACUCUAAAUAUAAGGACAGAGACAUUUUUGAGGAAAAAAUCUAUGGAAUAUGGGAACACCUGCAAAAGAAGAUGGAGACACUAGACAUGAAAGAACUCAGAAUGGGAAAGGGGAAUGAGAAGUUCAGUGAGCUCUAUCAGAAGCUGAAGGAGAGGGAAGCUAUAUGGGAACAGGACAUCAUGAAGCAAAAAAGGGAAUGGGAGCCCAAGGUGUCCAGAAAAAUCAGAUAUCUAAAAGACAUAACCAGAGAUUUUGAAGAAAAGAUUCAGAAAUCAAACGUGGAACUAUUAAAGGAUUUGUUCCGUGAGAGUAGAAGCAUGUUUGUAGAUGCAUAUUUGGAACCUUUCAUUCCACAUAUGAAUGAUUUGUAUCUCAUUGUGGUAAAUGAAUUUUUAGAAUUCUUUCAUACAUUUGGACUGUGGCAGCCCUGGAAUUCAUACAAUCUUCUUGAAGGAGAAAAGAAGAGAACUAUUACAUGUGUACCUGGAUCCUCAGGAGAGACAUUUGUUAUUUAUAAUAUUGGCAAUUUUCACAAGGACAAUGUUAGGAUAAGACCCUUCUUAUUGAAUAAUUGCUUUCAGAGUAGUAUUUUAGAAGAAAAACACUCUCCAAUUAUUAGCAAUCUUGUAGAGAUAGAAUUUUAAUUUAGAGUUUCCUAACUGUGAAUCCUGUCAAACUGCCUUAGGUGGAACUUUGAGCUAAGGUCUUGCUUGGGAAUUCUGUGAGACCUGAGGAGGUGGAAGUUCUGUUUAAUAAAACUGUCUCUCUCUCUGCUGGUGGCUAAAUCUUUGGCUCUUGGGAAUUCCUUGAACUGGAGUGGCAGUUUUGGAAAGGAGAGAAGUUGAAAGAUUUUUUGAAGAACUGUGAAAGGAAGAUCAACAGAUGGAAGAAGAAACUCUGGCUUUUUGCCACUCUGUGUUUACAGAGUGGAGCAGGCUGAGCUUGGCCACUCCAGGCCAGAAGCCUCUAGGCCCUAAAACCCUGACUGGCUCGAAGUUGGAGAAUGUAAAUGAACAGUUACAAGGAGGCAAUAACUUAUAAUAUAUAAGAAUGGUAAUUAUUAGAAAUAGAGACAUUCUCCAGUUGAUAAGUGGGCAAUUUUUAGAUAAAGAAAUAAAAACUGAUCAACAAAUACAUGAAAAAAGUGUUCUAAAUCUCUCAUAAUUAGAGAAAUGCAAAUGAAAACAGCUCUGAGGUACCAGAUCACACACAGAUUGGCUAACAUGACGGCAAAGGAAAGUAAUGAAUGCUGGAGGGGAUGUGGCAAAGUUGGGAUACUAAUGCAUUGCUAGUGGAGUGGUGAAUUGGUCCAACCAUUUUGGAGGGAAAAUUUGGAACUAGGCCCAAAGGGUGCUAAAAGACUGCCCUUUGAUCCAGCCAUAGCACUGCUAGGUUUGUACCCCAAAGAGAUCAUAAGGAAAAAGAAUUAUACAAGAAUAUUCAUAGCUGCGCUCUUUGUGGUGGCCAAAAAUUGGAAAAUGAGGGGAUGCCCUUCCAUUGGGGACUGGCUGAACAAAUUGUGGUAUAUGUUGGUGAUGGAAUACUAUUGUGCUAAAAGGAAUAAUAAACUGGAGGAAUUCCAUGGAGGCUGAAACAACCUCCAGGAAGUGAUGCAGAGUGAAAGGAGCAGAAUAGUACACAGACUGAUACACUGGUACAAUCAAAUGUAAUGGACUUCUCUACCAGCAACAAUGAAAUAAUCCAGGACAAUGCAGAGGGUCUUAUGAGAAAUAACUGUGGGAGCAGAAACACAGAAGGAAAACAACUGCUUGAUCACGUGGUUUGGUGGGGAUAUAAUUGGAGGUUUUGACUCUAAAUGAUCACCCCAGUGCAAAUAUUAAUAUGGAAAUAGGUUCUGAUCAAGGACACAUGUAAAAUACAGAGGAGUUGUGUGUCAGCUAUGGGAGGGGGAUUGGAGGAGGGCAGGGAAAGAACAUGAAUCUUGUAACCAAGGAAAAAUAUUGUAAAUUAAAUAACAUUUUCCAAUAAGAAAAAAAAAUGGGCUUAGAUAGUUAGGAAUUGGCGAGUGCAGGUUUGGGUUUUCCCAGAAAGAAGUAGACCUCCUGAGAGACCUUGAGUUAGUCCCCUUCUUUUUAGACUUGGGGAAUCCUGUCCUUAUAUUCUUUCAACCUUUUAAAUGCUUAUGAACUUUAAUAAUUAAAGGUUUUGUUUUUACCCUCUGCCUCCACAGUUGUCAGCCCCAAUCACUUGAGAAGGCCUUCCUCUUCUUCCAGGCCUAUGACAAUUUCAUUACAAAGUGUGGCCAUCUGGCCCUUCUUACCAACAAACAGAUAGUUUCAAAAUAUCACAACCCAAUCCAAAUCAGAAGUUUCUGGAGUGUCAAGAAUUAAGGGAGAGGAACACAGAAUUGGAGGAGUGCAAGAAAGCAGAUAUAGAAUUGCUCAGGUGAGAUCACAGAAAAUGAGAUGACCAAAUGAAUAAUCCAUCCAUGUCUCAAAAGUAGCAUGUUCCAUUGUUCCUCUGUACUCUUCCAAGGCCUUUAUGGGACAUAGGCUAGGCUUUUCUCUUUUCUCUUUCUUAAUCCUUAGGUAAGAAAUUCAACUCUACCAUAUUCUCUAUGUUCAACUGGGGAACAGAGAGACCAGUUAAGCUGGAACCUAGAGACUAAGAAAGAAUAAUAUCAACAAGCCUGGAACACAGUAAAAACAAAGGACAAUAACAUAAAAUGAGCCUACAAAGAUAGCUUGUAGCCAUGUUGUAAAGAGUUUUAAUGGCUAAAUAGAAGUGUUUAUAUUUUAGUUUUAAGGUAAUAGAAUGCUUUAGGCAAACCAUGGGCAAGGUAAUGAGAUGAAGAGGGGCAGCUAAAUGCCUCAGUGGAAAGAGAACCAGGCCUGGAGCCAGGAGGUCCUGGGUUCAAAUCUGAUUUUGGAUAAUUUUUAGCUAUAUGACUUUAGACAAGUCACUUAACUCCAGAUGCCUAGAUCUUACUGGUUUUCUGCCUUGGAACCAAAACUUAGUAUUGAUUCCUGGAUGGAAGGAAGGAUCUUAAUAAAAUAAUCCAGGUAAAAGAUAAGGAAAGUCCAAAAAUAAGAUGGCAGUUGAGUGAGAGGAGAUAAGAGGCAUAUGUGAGACGUGUUUCAGAACUAGACACUCUAAGGUUCUUUCCUACUCUUUGCGUCUCUUCAAGGCAAUGAAUAAGUGAUCCAUUCCAAAGUUUCAUUUUUCUAACUCAAAUUCAUUAUUGUCCUAACCAUAUUUCUUUUUUUCUCUCCUCGGGAUACAAAAAGAAUAUUAAACAGGUAGAUUUAUUUUACUUCAUUUAUAAAUGCAAAUUUUUAAAAAUCUAAUAGAUCAUGACUGACUAGAGCAAUGAGGACUGUGCUAUUGAUCUUUUGGACAAUUGGCUACAUAAACUUGACACUUACUUUUUCUAGGAAUGAAUUUGUGUGGCAGAAAAAAAAAAGAAGCCUUCCAAACACAAAUGACCAUCUAUACAAUCCCUGGAAUGAUAGAAAAAUUGUUAAAUUUCAGAGGUGUGAGAAAAUCAAUAAUAAAGAGUCAGCAAAGUUCUAUAUCUUGUCCAGUCAGAACCCAUUAGGAUAUCACAGAAUCCCGAAAUUGUAAGGGAUUUGAAAAAGUUGACCUCGGUGCUGAUCUAAUCUACCUCUACUGGAAUACUGAUUCUCUGCAAUAUAUGUAACAAAUGUUUAACCAACCCUCCCUGUUUGAAAAUACACAGUGAAGAGAAAUCUGCUAAUCCAAACACGGGUCAUUUUUUUUAAUUGUCCCAUUACUAGGAAAGUUUUCUCCAUAUCAAGGUUAAAUUUGCCUCUUUGCAGCCUCUAAUCAUUUUCUCCUUAAUUUGUUAGCAAAAGUCAAAUGGAGAAAAUUUAAUCCUCCUUUUAUAUAAAGACCAUUUGUGUAUCUGAAAAUAAGCAUUUCCUAUUCUUUGAACUCAAGUACAAAUGACUCAUCUUGAGAAUUUCAAGGAUUAAGGAAAAGAUGAUGAAUCCUGUUUUAGGCAUGUUGAGGUUCAGGUGCCAGUAGAAUCCUGGGGCAGAGGUAUCCAAUAAGUAAUUGAAUAUCCAGGUGUGAUGCUCAGAACAGAGGUGGCAUUAGGAACUUAUUGGGAUGGAUAAAAGCAUUGAAAUAACAUUCCUAUGAAUAAAUAGAUUCUUAAGGAAUACAGUGUAGAGAACCACAAUAGCAUCCUGAUUCUCCACUCUUCUAAUUUUCUUAGUCCAUGCCAAUCCAAACGUUGCCACCAUGUUUUAUUUCUAUUGUUGGAUGGGAAUGAUCCAAAAGUGGAUUAAAUGCCCCAAACCUCCUUCCAUCAGAGAGUGACAAGAACACUGUGACUUAAGGCAGCAGAUCAUCAACCUUCUUAGAAGUGACUUAAUAUAGUAGAUCAUCCCCACCAAAACAAAAAAACAAACAAAAAAAAAACCCAAAUGAACUGAAAGAGAUUUUCCAAAGAGAAAGAAGUUCAGAGGAGGAAAGGAAGGAGACAAACAGCA